CACCAACAAACAAACAAAACAAUUAAAAUUUAAAUCCAGUCACCAAAACGCCGUCGUUUCGACGCCGGUGCUCCGUCUUAACUUUUUUUUUCACCGGAAGAGGAAGAGGUGAAAAAAAAAUCAACAAAAAUGAAACGGAAAGGAUUCGGCUUUUCUCUCCCCGUCACGGCGGUGAUUCUGGUGAUCGGCUUCAUCUACUUCUCAACGGUUUUCACCUUCAUCGAUCGCUGGUUCAGCCUCACUUCCUCUCCCGGGAUCGCCAACGCCGCCGUGUUCACGGCCUUGGCUCUGAUGUGUGUCUACAGCUACUCCAUCGCGGUUUUCAGGGAUCCGGGUCGGGUCCCGCCUAAUUACAUGCCGGAUGUUGAGGAUCCGGAGAGUCCUGUUCACGAGAUUAAGCGCAAGGGAGGAGAUUUGAGGUAUUGUCAAAAGUGUUCACAUUUCAAACCUCCACGAGCUCAUCAUUGUAGAGUUUGCAAAAGAUGUGUGCUUAGAAUGGAUCAUCAUUGUAUUUGGAUCAAUAACUGUGUGGGACACACUAACUACAAGGUCUUCUUUGUAUUUGUUGUCUAUGCGAUGUCCGCGUGUGUAUACUCUCUGGUUUUGCUUGUGGGGAGUCUUACUGUUGAACCACAAGAUGAAGACGAAGAGAUGGGAAGCUAUCUAAGAACUAUAUAUGUAGUUUCAGCGUUUGUUCUUGUUCCUUUGAGCAUUGCGUUAGGUGUUCUUCUUGGGUGGCACGUUUACCUUAGUUUACAAAAUAAGACAACCAUCGAGUACCACGAAGGAGUGAGAGCUAUGUGGUUGGCAGAGAAAGGAGGACAAGUCUAUAAGCAUCCAUAUGACAUAGGCGCAUAUGAAAACCUAACCUUGAUUUUGGGACCGAACAUACUUUCUUGGCUCUGCCCUACAUCAAGGCAUAUCGGUUCUGGUCUGCGCUUCCGUACAGCUUUUGAUUCAGCCCCUGUUUCUUCUGAAACUAAACCUUAGCACAUGACCCUAAUCAUCUUUUCUCAACAUUUUGUCGGAAAGGCAGCAGACUUUCAACUUAACAGCACUCUGGCUCAUCCUAUUCAGGAGUUUAGCUGCCUCAGCUCAAAACCAAGACUAACUCUUAAUCAACAGUAGAGACUGUUUGAAACUUUGACAUGGUUCACAAUCUCUCAUUAUUAUUUCCCCUGUUUUUCUUUUGGAUUCCUAAGAAAGGAGAAGGAAGUUAGGGUUGUGGAUACAGAACUCAAACUGUGAUUAUACUUAUUAUACGUACCAAUUAACAGGUGUCAAAGACAUCUUUGUAAGAUAAUUCAAAGCUUUCAUAAUUUCUUAUCAGAAUCAGACCCUUCUCAGUAUAUGUGUUUAUAUGGAGAGUUUUAUAGUAUGUAAGCAAAGCUCUUUGAUUCUCUGAAGAAAAAGAAUAUAGC